CUGAUUUCAUAGUGGGAAGUUCCCGUACACCGGUGUCUCCCUGGCUGCGCAAGACGCCAUUUUGGAGUGACAGUGAAAGAUAACGGAAAGAUCGAGAAGCUGUCUUUCUAAAGCUUCAUCACCAUGGGGAAUGUAUUUGCAAGCUUAUUCAAGGGCCUGUUUGGCAAAAAAGAGAUGAGGAUCCUCAUGGUUGGGCUUGACGCUGCUGGAAAAACUACCAUCCUAUAUAAACUCAAACUUGGAGAGAUAGUCACCACCAUUCCCACCAUUGGUUUUAACGUUGAAACUGUAGAAUACAAGAACAUCAGCUUCACAGUGUGGGAUGUGGGCGGUCAGGACAAGAUCAGGCCGCUGUGGCGCCACUACUUCCAGAACACUCAAGGGCUUAUCUUUGUGGUGGACAGCAACGACAGAGAGAGAGUGAACGAGGCGAGGGAGGAGCUGUCCAGAAUGCUCGCUGAGGACGAGCUCAGAGACGCCGUGCUGCUCGUUUUUGCAAAUAAACAGGAUCUCCCCAACGCUAUGAACGCUGCAGAGAUCACAGACAAGCUGGGCUUGCACGCCCUCCGCCAGCGCAGCUGGUACAUCCAGGCCACCUGCGCCACCAGCGGGGAUGGCUUGUACGAGGGCCUGGACUGGCUCUCCAACCAGCUGAAGAACCAGAAAUGAUCCAUUCCACCAGUUUUGAUUUUUGUUUGUUGUUUAUUUUUUCUGUUUCAACACAGCGGCAGCACCGGAUCCAGGCCCCCUCGCUCCCAUCUAAUCCCAACCUCGACCCGAGCUCUUUCUUUCAAGAACUUCCUUCAUUCCCUCCUCCUACUGCUCCCCCUCCUUGUCAGUACUCUUUGGGGCUCUAGCCUGUGCUGCUUGUGUGUGCGUGUGUGAGCGUGCGUGCGUGUGGGAGUGUGUGUGAGCGUGUUCCUUGUGUGUUCAGCGAGUGUGUGUGGGUGUGAAGGCGUCUCUGUGUAUGUUGGCUGGGAUUGGGAGUAACCCUGGCGUGCCUUUUACACACCUGUGGAAUCAGCAGUCUGGUUUUCAAGCCCCUCUCUCCAUCCACCAAACUCAGCCCCCGCCCCACUCAGCCUGCCCCCACUCCAAGUCUUGCACGGCCCCCCUUCUCCCCCACCCUUACUCUCCAGAGGAAGCAUGGUUUUCAUACGGCAAAGAAAGAGCAAGGGUGUAAGCUCUCCCCCCGCUCCCUGUAGUGAAUAUCUGUGUUAACUAGAAACGUUGUUCACCUCAUGUAGACUGAAUGCUAAAUGUCCAUUUUAACCUCUUUGAUUUUCAAACCUCAAACCCACCAGUAAGAGAUUCAGCAAAUUGCAUCUUAACCUGUAUCAGGUCGAAGCAAAUCAAAAACUAGAAAAGGCAAAAAAAAAAAACGCCCAUCCUCGAUCAUUCUGGUGUCAUCUGAAAAUCAUGCUGUUUGUUUUAUUCUUAUUCUAUUGGACUAUAACGGAUUAUUCUUAGUGAACACUACCUUUGUCCCCCCACUGAGCGAGACCGUGAAGCACAAGGCAAGCCAACAAUCUUUAAAAGAAUCUACUUUAAAUUAGAACCUGCAAGUAUAUGCAAUUCUUUAAUCUUUUUGGUAUUUGAUGUUUAACUCCCUGGAUUAAAUUAGAAAAACCUUCAGUAUAUGAAUCAUUCUGACAGUGUUCCUACUCCUCAAAGGUUUAAAAUAACGGUGUUGGGCAUUUCAGGCCUCAGACGGUUAACUGACACGUGUCCUGAUACAUCCACAAGCUUCACAUGUUAUUCCUUUCAAAGAUGUUACAUGUGUGUUUUUUCUGUAACUAGUUUUAGCAUUUCUAUUUGUACUUUGACUGCUGAACCAAAUGCAUCUGAGCAGUGCGACAAAUCCUAGAGCGUCCUCCAGGGCCUGCUUUUGAGUUUGAACAGUUUUUGUUUUUUUUCCUCACAAAUGGUUGGCAUUUGACUCUGAAAUGUGAAAGCAUCCAGCUGUCUAAGUUUUCCUGGUUGGGAUGAAGGAUUGGCACCAAAUAUGAAGGCUCUUUAACUGUGAACGGUCUAGGCAGGAAGAAAGGAAAGCUAGUUUAACCAUACUGGUGUUGACAAGAUAAAACUACUCAUCACAGAUCAGCAUCUUAAACCGUCAUAUUUCAUAUCUGAACAAAUCUACAACACAACAGCUCUGUUUUUCAGCAGCUCCUCAAUGAGCUCAAGGACUCGGUGGUAGACCUGUCGAGGGGAAAGGGUGUGCAGUUAACUGGUUGCAUGAUUCAGCAGGCGUUCUCAGUGUGGAACCGUGGGGGUAAAGCUGGCACUUCUGUCAAGAAUGAUUGUAAAUCUGUAAGUUCCCCUGUAAACUGUUUCUGUGGGGAUUUCCUGAACACAUUAAUAAACAUGAUUUGAUCCAA